CAACAGGGUAGCGCUCCAGAUAUUGCCGACUACUGCAAUAGGGUUGGGAAGAGACAGAGGGUCAGGGAAUAUGUCUUCCCUAGCUUCGUCAGGAUCUGGAGGGGGACGCUCAGGGGGAUCUUCGAGUUCUUCGAGAAGUCAUUCGCAGGGGGACAAGCAUGACCGACGCCGCAGGGAGAAGGACCGAGAGAGGGUAGAGAAGGAGCGGGUCCGGAAGGAGCACGCCAGAAAGGUCCUCGAAGACCAAAAGAUCAACAAGGCGAGGAGGAAGUGGCAGAAGCAGACGGAGUUCCUGUGCACGAUAAAGUUCCGCAACAGCCUCCCGGACCCGCCGUUGGGCCCCCACUUUCUCGACGUCCCCCUAGACCUUCAGAGCUACGUCAAGUACAAGCCCACCACUCUGGAGAGCGACUACAAGUGGAAGCUGCACUACGAGCGGGACCUCGGAGUCCCCAUCGACGUGAUUGAUCCGCGAAAUUACCUGCUGCCGAAGAAGGCGGUCCCGCUGCCGCCGGAGGACGAGGCGCUGCUCAAUUGGCGAGAGGGAGAUGGACCCGGCUCUGUGAAGAAGGAGGACCUGUCGACCUCGGCCCGCCGCAAGACGGUGGACACGUCGGUCACCUGGCUCAAGAAGACUGUGUACCUCACCAACGACCCCUUCGACCCCGUGCACCAGUUCAAGUCGGAGCAGCAGGCACAGGCGGACAAGGAGAUUGAGCUGGAGAAGGAAAUCGCGCGGGGGAAGAAGCAAGAUCGGAAGGUGCUCAUCGAGGAGUCGUUCCUGCAUGCCAACAGCAACAAGCCGCUGGUGCACCAGGACGCCAGCAAGAGACACCUCACGGCCGAGUGGGUGAUGCCGGUGAUGCCGGACGUGUCCCUGUGGCCAAACACCUACACGACCGUGGUGUUCGACAAGGACCCCGCGGCGGACGAGACUGUAAAGGGGUCGGAGGCUCGCAAGCGGAAACGGGCGGGCGAGGCUUUGGUGUGCAACGUGAAGCGAACCACCUUCGAGGGAAACUCGCACGAGGUGAUUACGGGGUCGUACCUCAUGCCGAAAGACAAGGCAACGAAGAAGGGAGAGGGGGAGGAGGAGGAGGAGAAGAUGGACGUGGAGGAUGGGAGCGUCGGGUACGACUUCGUCAAGGACUACAAGUUCAACAUCGUGCAUUACGCGCAAACGCAAUACGAUGGGAACCCGCACCUCCUGUUCGUCAUCAACAAAGACACCCAGGAGGCCAGCUUCUGCAAGCUUUCCGCCAAGGUCGAGCUUGCAAACCUUCCGCGGGGACAGGGACAACCCGCGACGGGACGGGGUGCUGUGGUGUCGAAGCGAAACCUGUCGCCAGAGGAAGUGAGCAACGCUCGCAAGAAGGUGUCGGCCGACUUGCAGCUGGAAGGGGAUUACUACAUCGCCGGGGAAGACGGCCUCAGCAAUGGGGGCCACGCGGCUAGGGGCGACACGAGGGAGGAGGGGGACGAGGGCGGCGGUGGUGGCGGGUGGAGUGGUGGCGGUGGAGAGAACGGCCAUGCUAUUGGCUCGGUGAGAAGGAAGCCAAAUAGUUGCUCCGGGUUGGAGGCUGGUCUGAACGGCCACAGCGAUGAGAGCAGGGCGUGGAACGGGACGUCCGACGUUGAUCGGGAGUCGGUGCUAAGCAUGGCGAUGGAGUCGGAGGCGUCAAACGUGGCAGUCAAGGUAGCGCCAAGUUUUAGGGAAAAUACAUGA